CCUAGCUGUUUCCUUUCCCUAGCGCCGCCGCCACUCCUCUUCUUGUUUACUCGCCCGUCUUUCUCCAAGCACACCAUAGCUUCCAACCGUCGUCAUCCGCUCCAGGAGCUCAUGCUCAACGCCUCCACGCCGCUCCAUGCCCGCCUCCGCCUCCUUCCCGUGCUCAUCUGCACCUCCAUCGACGUCCAUGACGACCGAGAGCGCCCGACAUCGAGGACCUCGCUCCCGGCCACGUACGCGCGCCUCCCUGCCCUCCGUUCCGUCGGCCUCCCACCUGCUGUGGUGUUCGAGCUGGUCGCCGCCGGCAGUGUAUCCAAGGUCUACACCGCGCCUUCAUCUCCCCGCGUCCCUUCGAGCCUGGACGCGCGGGUCUUCCUCUUCGCGUCCAGGCGCUGCUCCGCGCUGUCGCCAUGAACUCCGGGACGUUGCCAACGUCCGCGUCGUCGUCUCCAACCCCAUCGUGCUUGACCAAGCUUCAACGUCGCGGCCGUAUCUGCUUCCCCCAUCAUCCAUCGACUUGUCAACACCUUCCCUCAGCCAUCAGCUCCGCCUCCAGCUCGUCCUGUUUGUCGACCCCGCUUUGUUCCAACGCAAGCCGGUGAUGCACUUCAUCCUCGACCUCCCAGGGCCAAGGCGACCUGCGCACCGCCGUUCUUCUCGCGAGCUCGUUCGUCACCGGCUACUCGUCUCCCGUCUCCGCCAUGGUCGACGACAGGCCUCCGCGCCGCACGCGCUCGUCCCUGCCGGCCUUCUUCCCGGUCGUCGACCUCGUCGUCUCUUCUCUGGUCGCACCAUCCUCAUCCUCGGUGAGCCUGCGACCCCAUUCCACCCCUUUCCCGUUGCAAUCCUGCACCGCUGCUGCAACGCACACGCACGAGGGCGCCUCCUGUUCUGGGCGUUGCUGUUGAUGCCCCAGCUUGUUUUCUUCACUUUGUUCAGUUUCGUCAGGUUGCAAUACCGUCCAGAAGCGGUUCAAGUUACUGCACGUCUCCAUCUGCAGCAUCUCCACAGUAGCCGGCUGGUUCGUUCCUUGCCCCGUUUCACAGCAGAAGCAAAUUCAGUUUGCGUGGGAGCCUUUCCAAAAUCAACAUCAGCAAGCAGUCUAGCUGAUUUGUUGACUUUGGCUCCAAACGACACUAUGCUCAAUUCCAGGGAUGCAAUUUAACAGCUGCCGCUUCCGUCAGCCCUUUGCUUCUUCCCGGAUAGGAUCACGAAGUGGUGUGGUGAGAUACGACGAGAUCUCCGGAUGUCCCUCGGCAAGCUUUAACAGGUAUGAAGAUAUGUUCGAUGAAGACGACGCUAGCAAGGUUACCCUUCCGGUUUGGCCUGGGCAGGGUUAUGGACGCCACUGGUUAUCUUCAGGACUCUUAGUCCAAUUUGUAUCUUGUCCGUACUCGGAUGUAUUUGAUCUUCUGUAUGGUUUGGAUCUUUGUAUGUACCUAUUUGUAUCUUGACUCGUUGGAGUCGUUGUUGUAAUAUAUCUGUUUCUUGUGGGCUC